GGAAUUCAGGUUUUGCGCAGGCUUCUCCCACUCCCCACACAUUCGGGGAAGAGAGGAGUUCGGCUAGACUUUAUUCAGUUGCUUCAGCUCGCCUCUCCCGAAGCGCGGGGGUGGGACGGCGGGGCGGUGGGGCGGUCCCUCCCCGGGAGUCUCGGGGCGAAGGGGCAGAGGCUACGGCGCCGACUGCUGCUUCCCGGAGCCCAGGGAUUUACCCUCAGGAAACUCCUCUACUUAAGCGGAGGCGGGGGCCAGGGGGAAUCCCGGCACCCCGGAUCUUGCCACCUCGGCUUUUAGAGGUACAGGGCGAGUGGGCGUCAACUGCUGAGGCGAGUCUGGAGCCAGAACUAACCCUUGAACCCCUAGGCUAACUUUUCCCUAGGCCACUCGAAAGCGGGAGGUAGUUUGCGGAGCCUUGCAGGCAGUCUAACCUCCCCAAAGCCACUUCCUCUGCGGCCGGGGGGCCGGGAACGGUCUGCCAGAAGAGAAGAGGGGGAAGGGCUUCCCUCACACCCGGCAACGUAGACGUAGACAACAGCAACCCGUGAUGAAAAGUUUCCUUAAAAGCCAGCGUCUUUGAGCGAGCGCAGAAGGAAGCAACCGCCGUUUCUCCUGUUGGGAUCCUGGGAGCUCCAGGACCCAGCCCGAGGCGCAGUGUCCUCAAGCAAGCCCACUCCUCAUCCCCUUCUGUUUCUCCUCCAGCUCUCGGGGCGCGGCUAGACGGGGCGCCCUCCCGCGUCCGGGGCAUGUGCGGGCAUUGCGGGCAUGGCAUCUGCGGUAUUUGAGGGCACGUCGCUAGUGAACAUGUUCGUGCGGGGCUGCUGGGUGAAUGGCAUCCGGAGACUGAUCAUCAACCGGCGGGGCGACGAGGAGGAGUUCUUCGAGAUCCGUACUGAGUGGUCGGACCGUAACGUCCUGUAUUUGCAUCGAAGCUAUUCGGACCUGGGACGCCUUUUCCAACGGCUCCGGGACUCCUUUCCAGAAGACCGACCCGAGCUGUCACGGUCCCCGCUCCUGCAAGGGCUAAUUGCAAUAAAGGAUGCUCAUGAUAUAGAAGCCAGACUUAAUGAAGUGGAGAAACUCCUAAAAACUAUUAUUAGCAUGCCGUGCAAAUAUUCUAGGUCAGAAGUGGUGCUUACCUUCUUUGAAAGAUCCCCUUUAGAUCAAGUAUUAAAGAAUGAUAAUGUACAUAAAAUUCAACCAAGUUUUCAGAGUCCAGUCAAAAUAUCAGAAAUCAUGAGGUCUAAUGGAUUUUGUUUAGCAAAUACUGAGACGAUAGUUAUUGAUCACAGUAUACCAAAUGGAAAAGACAAUCACUUGGAUGUGGAUUCAACAGAACAUUUGUUUGAGAAUGGCAGUGAGUUUACCUCAGAGCUGGAGGACAGUGAAGACCCAGCAGCUUAUGUUACCAACCUGUCCUACUAUCACCUGGUCCCUUUUGAGACGGACAUUUUGGACUGAUCUUCCAGUAGCCCAUUCACCAACCCUCUGGCCUUUUAUUACUGACUUAAGCUGCUGUUCCAUAGCCCUCAACCACUUAGACCUGAAGGUGGUCAUCUAACCCCAGAUAUGAGACGGGCCCUGUAGUGGCUCAGAUCAUCAGUGGAUCUCUACACACUUCCUAAGGUACAAGUUUUUGGAAGUCAGUGGAAACAGGGAAAGAGGACUCACAUCAAGAUGGAAUCUGAUAUCAGGGAAAGGUCUAUAGCAAAGUUUGCAGCAGCCACAGAAGCCUCAGGACCACCUAUAUGACAAAGCAUCUCCAUGGACAUUCCUUUUCCUUUCAGUAAAACCAGACUGUUUCCUCAUUACCUGAGAAGCUCACACAUCACACCUGGUGCAUGGAUAAUCACCUAGUGCCUACGGAGGAGACAUACUGUGAGGACUGCAACUCCAUUUAGCUCUGACAGAUCUGUAUUAUUUCCUGAAGAGGAGUAUCCCACUUUCUCCUUAAAGUCACUUGAGCACCCCCUUCCCCAUCCUGCUCUUUUCCACUCUCACACAUGGAUGUGAGUCACAUGUUAAGUUGAGAAAACACUUGGAAUGAUUGUGAACCAUUGCCAAGUUCUGGGGACAGGAAGGGAAAGUUGAGUCAACCAGCCAGGUCAUGAGUAGUUACAGGAUUUCCCUGGGAACCAGGAUAUGUGUUUGUUGUUUUCGGCUCACAUUUGGACGAGCAGGCUCUGCUAAAGCUUGCUCUCACUGUUUUUACUGGAGGCUAAUAACCAAUAUUGUCUGCAGAGCAAGGGGAGACCAUGGAGGAUCAGGCUUCUCCCUGGAUAAGCUCAGACUGAUUUAAUGAUAGGCUUUGGGAGAUCAGGCCAAAAGGAAAAGAAUCUGUUCUGGGCUAACAGCUCUUCAGUGUAGGAGUAAUGAGUCUCUUUAUUACCACCCAGCAGUCAGAGGUUUGACCUCACUUGCUGUUUGUCAAGUAUUUAAUGAAAUAAUUACCAUGCUUAAUCUGAAAGGAUGGGCAACAGGAAGAAAGCUAUUUCUGAGUUGGUUACCUCUCCAGUGGUGGUUUUCUUAGCCUGGGAGUACCUCUGGGUGCUUUGCCUUACAAUCUCCUGAUAAACUUUCCAUCGCUAAGUGUCUACUAACCACAAACAUUUGCUAAUGUAAAUAAUAGUAAAUUAUUGAGAAUCCUAAUUCUUUUACACAGUCUGUUUUAAAAUCUAUUUUAAUGAAAUAAAAAUAUAUUACUCUCCUUA